AUGCAAGUCAAUAAUUCUCUUACUCAAUUUCGUUUGUCGACACCUCGUACAUUUGUACGUAUGCUUGAUUUCAUUCGAAAUGUCUCGCAAGGCAAUUGGAUUGUCACGUCUAUUCGAUCGAAUUGGUACUUCAUGGUGCCAACACCAGCUGAUAGUGAGAUGACGUGGAACUCAUUGUGGGCGAAACCUCGUUUCUAUAACAACGGUAGCUGUUCAUGUGGUACAAGUUCGAUGUGUAGCUCCCCAGCUGCUAUCGAUGGAAGACUUGUACCUGGUUUUCGUGUCGGUUGUUUUCCUCUCGAAGCUCUUCUUCAAUCAACACUUGAAUGUUUGUAUGAUAUUACCUGUAUCAAUAUGCUUCAGUCCAUGUAUACUUCAUCGAAUUUGAUCUACCAUCCACUCAAUUCAACUAUUUCAGCUUCGAAUACCACUGUUCAAUCACUUGUCAGCGAAUUGAUGGUUGAUCGAUGGGAAACUAGCAUGAAUUACACUGGAUAUUAUGCAUCAUGUGCACCUGUCUUAUGCACGUAUUCUAUUAAUGAAAAAGGUGAUCUGAUAUACAUUAUCACCGCUAUCCUUAGUAUAUAUGGUGGAUUGAAUGUUGCCCUAAAAUUAUUCACUCCUUUGAUCGUUAAAUUUGGUGGAUUUUUGUUAAUGCAUCAUCGACGACAAGUACAACCUAUAGUGGCUACGAUCGAAAUGCAUAAAUGA